CCGAAUUCCUCUUAUUGACGUUGUUGCGCACCAAUGGGGAGCUUCCUCUGGAGCCAUUCAAUCCCUCCCCUCGAGUGAAUGCCACAGAGUUACUUGAUGUCGACAGCUAUGGUGAUGUGUCAGAGUAUGAUGAUGGAUGCUGAGUAAGCUGGACAGUAGCCUGUUUUUUUUGGGGGGGAAAAAGAGGAAACCGAACAUUGUGAAAAUGGACGAGUCAUUCGAUCCGCUCAAGUGUAAUGAGGACCUGCCUUCCUCACCUGGGUGCCACAUGGAGUAUGACGACAUGCCAGAGCUGCAGGAGGUGGAGGAGGACCAGAGGUCUCCGAGGUUAUUUCAAGUUGGAGCAGUGUCUCACCAGGAGCUCAGUUGUUCUCCUAGCACCAACUGGCUUGCUGAGUUGGCCAACAUAGCCACCAGUCCUCAGAGCCCUCUACUGAAGGACGCCCCACACAAAAGAUCAUCUCCAGUUCACAUCUUUGGCAACAGCAAUAGUUUACAUUCCUAUGCCCGGCCCCCGUUAGCCAGUAGUGCACCCAACCCGUCCAGAGGCCACCUGAGGGAGCGCAGGCGUGUCAGGGCUAGCAGUGAAUCAGAGUCUGGGGUUUUCUCAAUGUCAUCAUCGUUUUCUGAUGAUGAAGACAUGGCAUGGUCUCACUCUUGGCCCUCCACGGCCUGGCAUUGUUUCCUAAAAGGGACUCGUCUGCGCUUCCAUCGAGGUCCAAAUGUGGAGUGGCAGGAAGCCGAUGAACUCGGGGAUUCGGAUGAUGACUCAGAUGAUGAAAGCAUGCCACCAUCCUCAUCCUCUUUCAAGAGAUAUGGCUCCGAUGGGCUUAAACUGGUGAACCACGAAGAGACAUUAUCCUUUGGGCAGGCAGUUCUGAAACUGACCUUUGACCCGGGCUCACCAGAUGAAGGCCUGCUAACAGCUGAAUGCCGAUUGGAUCACCCCUUUUUUGUCAAAAACAAAGGGUGGUCUUCCUUUUAUCCAAGCCUUACUGUGGUGCACCAUGGAAUCCCUUGCUAUGAGAUGCAGCUGGGUGAUGUGUGCCUGCCGCCAAACCACCCAGAUGCCAUUAACUGUGAUGACUCAGUCGUCUUUGACACUUUCAGAAGCUAUGACUUUACCCCACUAGAUUCCUCAGCUGUGUAUGUCCUGAGCAGCAUGGCUCGUCAACGGAGGGCCUCCUUGUCCAGUGGGGGUGCUGUCAGUCCAGACUGUGAUAAACUCGAGCGCUCCAGCUCCCCUCACUCCUCCAGUAGCAAAUCGAACAGGAGCCACAACUCAGGGAUAGCCAGUGGUGCCACACCUACGAAAUGCAAGCGGCCAAUGAAUGCCUUCAUGCUCUUUGCCAAGAAGUACAGGGUGGAGUACACACAGAUGUAUCCUGGGAAGGACAACAGAGCCAUUAGUGUCAUUCUGGGUGACAAGUGGAAGAAGAUGAAGAGUGAGGAGAGGAGGAUAUACACCAUGGAGGCCAAGGCCCUGGCCGAAGAGCAGAAAAGGCUCAAUCCAGACUGUUGGAAACGUAAAAGAACCAACUCGGGUUCCCAGCAGACCUAGAUAAUCUACCCACAUCCCUGGCUGCUGUUGUUUUGGCAUGGAGAGGUGCUGGACAGAGUCUGAUGGACCGCUUGAUGCCUCUUUGCUCUCCUGUAUUCUUGAGACUCGACUGUGAUGCUGAAUUCACUUGCUUUUUAUAACCAUGAAACAUUAUAGUGACAAAACAGAGUUAUGAGAUAUAUAUACAAAGCAUUUAAUCUAGUCACUAACAGUGCAUAUAUUUUCUUAUAUCUUUAAUGUCAAAAAUGGUCUUAUUCCUCUGAAAUAAGAAUUAAUUUCAGGUUAUUUCAUAUCCAGUGGUGGGACAACAUGAGAGCCUGUGGUGCUAUGCUUCAGUCAAAAAAAAAAAAAGACAAAAGUGGGAAUUUCAGAUAACUUUUUCACAACUGUUCAUAGUGAUAUUUUUAAUAUUCAGUAUAUUGCACAGAUAGGUAAUCUAUUAAAACAUUUUGUAUUACAGUAUAUAGCAUAUUCUGCCGCUGAACUAUGGCGAACAGUUUGUGAUUACUGCCCUGCCAAGUCUUUAGGUCGUUUUCGCCCGACCUCCCGGUCACAUGAUGACAGGGCUUUCCGCAUGCGGUGGUGGGUUUAUACUCAGUCAUAAAGCACUUCAGGCUUUCACUGUAAGUGUUUAUUUCUUCUGCACUUUAUAUAAAUAUGUAAUCUAAUCCUAUACAGCCAUUGUAUACAGGGGGAAACUGUUUGUAUAAUACAGCUCGUCUCUUGACAGUUAGCCAUUUGACACAAUCGUGGCCCAGCAGCCAUGCUCUGCUUUCAGGUUUCUCUUAAAUUUUAAAUGCUUUUGUUCAUAAUGUACAGGUUUUACAGCACCAACAACCUCUUGCACAAAAUAUCCUUGUAUCAUAUUAUAAAUAAUUUUUUAAAAUUCUCA